UGAUUUUGGAUUCCGUAAAAAUUCACCGAUCAUGGCUAAAACCAAGAAAAAUAUACGAGCCAAGGCUAAAGGAGCUGUGGGCGUGGCCAAGCAGAAGGCGCAGGAUGUGCAGGCGCAGCUGAACAAGUCGGAGCGCCAGGAGCGACUGCUGCACAAGACCCUCACGCCCAAGAAGACAACAACGAAGAAGGAGAAAUCAGCACUCAAGCACAAGAAACUGCUGCAGCGCUUCGCCGACUCAAGGAAGGAGCGCAAGAAUGUCCAGUCUAGCAAGAAGAAACCCGUCGUUGGGGAUCUGAAGCCUCUGCGCGAUGCCCUGCCCUCGCUCUCGGACCUCUACAAGCUGGUGAAGAGCAAGUCGAAGGAUGCCGCCGAGCAGACGGCUCUCACCGAGCCCGAGGCGCCGCUAAGCGUCAAGCAGAAGAUUAAAAAGAAGCGCGCUGAUAUUGUGAACCGCGCCAAGUCCUUUGAGAAGCUCGUCAAGGACAAGCACUUCAAGGAGAACCCCCGUGGCGUGAUCGGAUCCCUGGUGCGCAACAAGUACCGAACGAUGGAGGAAGACAAUGAAUAGACUGGAAUACGUAUCCACCAAAAGUGCCUGAUCCCAGAGGAAAGACAUUGCUUUGCACUUUCGAUUUAUUUAUUAAUUAAGAUUUAUCAUUAAUGUAUAUGCAUUAGGUAUAGUUUUAUCAUUUAUCAUUAACGACAAUGCAUAUAAAUAUUACACAUACGAAUGUAA